GCCUUUUAAAUGCAUCGGAAAAUUGAUUCAUGAAACGCAAUCAACUUUGAAAUAAAUAGCCCCAUUGUUGUUUGAGUAGGUGUCUAUAGCAACCACAUUUAUGUACAUACAAACAUAUGAUCCUGCAAUGCAGUUUUAAUUAUUAAAGGACUCUACAACGUUUUCUACUGUUUUUUAAUUAAGUCUUCUAAUGGCAAGCUGUCCAACGCCCCAAAAACCAUCCGAAAGAAGUAAAAGUUGUGAAACGGCAUGUUCAUCAAAUUCGAGUUGCUUUUUCCAAAAACGUAAACCCACAAAUCCUUUAGCUGCGUCUCUCCGAAGUGGUCUUUCCCGAAGUACGGGCAAUUCAGUCAGACAGCGGGUUUUAUCCGCAAAGUUGUUGAAGCUGAAAAGUGUGCAAAACCAACUGAACGAUGCUAAUUAUCACUUGGCGGAAGUGAUUAGGGAAAAUCAGGCUUUGAAAACGUUGCAGAAGCGACAAGACCGAGCAUUGUCAAAGUACGAAGGUGCAAAUGCCGAAUUGCCACGUCUUAUACAAUCACAUGAAGAAGAAAUUAGGUUUCUGACGGAGAAAAACAAACAAUUGAGACGGAAUGUGAAAGAGCUGAACGAGCAAUUGAAAUACAAAAAUGACGAAUUGCAAAGUCUUCAAGAACAGCUCAAACAUUACGAAAAGCUCGAUAAAGAUAAGCACUUGUUGGAACGCGAAAAAUUAAUCGAGGAAUUAGAAGAUGUGAAGAAAAAACUCGCCAAGGCUGAUAGCGAAAUUGUUGUUUUGAACAGAAAACUCACUCUGGAAAGCAAGACUUCGAAACAGAGACUGAAUAUGGAAAUGGUCAAGCACAAGCAAUGUCAGAAAGAACUUGCACAAGCCUUGACAGAAAUUGCUAAACUUACAAAGCUGAUCGAGAUCAAGGAAAAGCCUAGCAAUGGUCGCAAACGCUUUUCAAAUUUGGCCCAAAGGCAGGCCACGUCUCUAAUUUCUCUGAACGGUGCUAAAGACGAGUUGGACAAAACCCCAGUUACUGAAGUGAAACUGGAGCCUCUUUUAAAAUCGAAACAAAACGGUGAUAACAAAGAGUACAAAGGCAUCCUUAAGUGUCCUUCUGAGAACGUCCGUGCGCGAUUAUCGGCAGAUUUAAGACGAGAAGAAGAGACUCCUUCUGAGUUUAAAUCACGACCUAAUUCUUCCACAAAAUUGGAGCGAAUUGAAAUGAAUUUACAAAACACGAUACGAAAAAUCGAAGACCACAAAAACAACGAUGAAUUCAAUCAACGUCUAGGUGACUAUUGUUUGAAAGCGAUAGAUUCGGUUAAAAAUUACAGUAGUGUGAUUGAAACACACAAAGAAAACUUGGAGUAUGCCAGAGACGAUACGCAAAAAAUUGCAGAGACGGUGAAAGAUGCGGAACAUAUGGAGUUGAGGCUGAAAAAGGCGCAUUUGUUGUCGUUUGAUAAAAACGAUUUGACUGGUGAUAAUUUAGACUUUGUUAGUCAGAUUUUAAAGGAAGAAGCUGAGUUUCAAACCAAGUAUAACAAUGGCAACGUGAAGAAUAAGGAACCAACGGUUGGGGCUAACGAUAAAAAGAAACUUUUAGCUACGUUAAGGGCCAUUGAUAACGGGGAAAGUGUGGAGUCGUUCGAUGGUAACACGCAGAAUAAUCGGUUGGUGACGGAGCUGUAUGGGGACACAAAGGACUAGAGGUGUUGAAAAUUGCAAAUAUUUAUUGUAUUGUUAUUAAUUAAAUAUGUUAAUACUAAAUUUAGGCGAUUUGUACCAAAUUAUAUCAUUAUCUAUAUCAAA